AUGAACAAGAUGGAUGAGGGGCCGUUGCCCCCUCGGUUGAGCGAUGUCUUUUGUGAGAUGAAACGCCGGCUCCUGUCUCUCCCCCGACCCGCCGAUGAGGCUUGGAAUGGGGCAGAGAAGCGGCUGCAGAAAAGCUAUCGGAAGCUGCGCCGCCGCUGCAACGAAGCAGCUGCACACGAAGCGGUUGUCGCUGCCGAUGCUGAUCUCGCUGGUGCUGAAUUGAGAGCCGAGCCGGGGGAAGCUAUGCAAGUCCGUGAAGCGGACGAUUCCGGCUCUAACCGUGUAUCUGCCCAGUCUGAUCAACGCUUCAUGUUGUUUCGCAAGAUGAACGAGUGGGGCUUUCUGGACAACGCUCAGAAGCUAGAACGCUUGCAGCAGGCCGAGGAAGCAUCAAGGCACUCACGGAGCAGCUUGAGCCAGGAAGAACUGGCAGAUGUGCUCAGCACGGCGGCAGCUUGUCUUGCAGCUCCGCGCAGACAUGCGAGGCUGCAGGAUGCUGAUGCUAAUGGACUUGGCGACGGCAGAACUGCUUCGGAAUCGCAGGAUCCGACAGUGGAUGUGCAAAAACGAAUUCGGUCGUUGUUGCUGCAUGCUCUGCGUGUGUGGCAGAUGAACCAAUUCGAUUGUCAAGCCAUCGAGCAUGUCCUGGACUUCGUGCAACAGAAGAUCAGCAAAUUCGAGAAGAAGGUUGGGUAG